AUGGAUCAGGAAAUCUCAGCCCAAACGCAGGAGCACGUUACUACAAGUGACCGGGUUGUUGACUCCAUUCAUGCUGUGGACGUCGGCCUCAAGAAAGAACGCGCCGCUUUUCAUCGUUUACCUCUCGACGUCAUCCAGAAAAUCCUUUACACCGUUGACGCCAACACAUUUGCUUCCCUCACCGUCUUAAAUCAACAAUGGAGAGGGGCAUCAAACAACGCGGAGCUCUACGCUCACCAGAUAUCCCAAUGUCCCCUCUUUGCCAUAUCGUCAAGUAUCACCGGCAACUCUAUCCAGAACCAAGACCUCAACGAUUUAAAAAGGAAAUUCGCUCGCGAAAUCCGCCGAAAUGCCUUUGAUGUCUUUCUACGCCCUCGUACAACUCAUGUCACGUUGAUAUCAAGCUCUGCUGGGUCUUCUACAGCUUUGCCGAUUGGAGAGGCAUUGAAAUUCUCAUUCUCCGCAAAUGGCCAUAUUCUGCUCUGCCUCAGCUCCUCACGAAUAUGUGUUCUGGAUUUGGCCUCCCCUUUGCUAAAAGUUUUAUAUGAAUUGAAAACCACGCGCAUGCCAUUGGCUGCCACUAUUCUUGAUAGUGGCCGAGUUCUUGCUGUUGUGUCGCAUCGCCACCAAGUGAACAUUUACCAUCUAUCUCACUGUGAAGCAAAACACGUUCAGGUGCUGACUUUAAAUGACGUUCCUCGAACUCUCGCCCUUGCGCCUAAUGGGAACGUGCUGGGAAUUGCAUAUGAAGGAGGCAUAGAGGUAUAUGCUAUAGGUGAAAAUGUUUUAUCUACGCAACGAAGGGCUGUUCGGUGCGAACAGGUGGAUGAGUUGUCGUUUUCCCCGGAUGGGUCAUUGCUUCUUGGAACCUCUCUGGAUUGUCCGGGAAAGGGAUUUGUUACAAUUACAGCUCCAUUUCCAUCCGAUUCCAUGGUGGACGUUAGCGAUUAUCUGACUCAGAUAUGGACAACACAAAUCUUGUUCCCGGAUUUAGUGCCUGGAUAUGGUCAUGUCACAUCAGUUUCGAAUCAUGUUGGUGACGACGAUAAUUGGAUUAUUGGGUUUGACAACACGCUGAAGACAUUCCGAGCAGUCCGAUCAAAUGACCCACGGAACGGAGUAGUAUAUUUCCCAGGACCGGUGGCACCAGGUGGCCUUCUGGAAUACACUCCAUCUCUCAUUCCGGCGAUAGAUCCAGAUGGUGAGCUUGUAGCAUUGGCAUUUCAUGGGAGCGGGCUAUGGCUCUACGGAAUUCCUGAUGAUAUGAACCAGACACCACCGAAAAACAACGGCACUAUACAGGUGAAUGGUACCGUGAGAUCUAGGCAGUCCGAACAAAGUUCCCCGUCAAGCGACCACGAUGAAACUGUUGUAGGACGCCUUAGACGAACUAUAAACCGGCCAUCCCUUAUGAUCCAAGGACAUAAAAUUGCCGACAUUCCUGGUCUCACUGCAGCUCGAUGGGUUGCGCAACAGGAUUCUUCAAAUGAAGUUGCGUCAAAUCGUCAUAGACUCGUGGCAGUCGCCCCAGGCGGUGUUACUUCUGCUUCUCUGGGUGACGAAGCCAUACCAGUGGACGGAGGUAGAGUAUCUAUAUUCGAUUUCGAACCAUCAACUAAAGAUGGGAAUAUUGUUGACUUGACCAUCGAACUUGGCGAGGCAGAGCCUUUGAUUCUCAGGGAGCCAAAUGCCAACCUCGAACAGGAAGUGGAGCUCGAAAGAAGGCGAACGCAACUGCAUCGUCGUGUGGUUGGUUCUCCAAGGGUAAACCCUCGCGACCGACCAACAGCGUCUAGGCAAUCAUUUCCAGCACGAAGCAAUUCUCAAAAACAAAACUUCGGCAACCAGCGCGGCAGUCGCUCACAGGCGGGAUCUCCAGUGUCGGAUCGGGCAGUUGGAGACGUGACGCUGUUUCUUGAUGGGCCGUACAGCAACACUGCCCCCCGCUCUGGAGAUACUCUACGACGGGCAGCUACAGCUGCAGCUAGCAACAGAAGACCUCAGUAUCAAGCUCGAGAACAAGCACGCCCUGUCUUGCCCGUAUUGCAGAUUCCACAUGAAAGCGAUGCGGACAAUUGGGUACCUCCACCCCCGCCAUAUUCUCGAAAUGCGGAUGGGCCACUUCCUGAUCACCUCAGACAGUUAUUACUUCCGACAAUGACGGCCCCUCCUGGCGGCGUUAUGGAGGAGUUUCCUCAGACCAUACGAAGGGUCCAUACCAAUCAAGGUACCCAACAAGAACGAACCAGCUCCAACUUCCUCUCCAGGCGGUGGAGCACUCGGAGACCAACAACGAACGAAGGCACAUCUAGACGCCGAAUGAGUUUCAGGCAGUCCACAGUUAGCCAGCCUACACCCCCUUCAUCUCACCAACCACAGCGGUCUCCCCAUCAAAGAACCUCCUCGUCGAUUUCCCUAUCUGGAAAUGCGCUUCAAGCCCGCUUAAACCACCCCGUUCCCCCACUCCCUCCUGUACCUCCUGUACCUCCUAUAUCUGUGCUUGUGCCUCCGGUUGCACAUGCACGGACUGAACUUCCUCCCUCAUCGCAUUCCCAGCAAUCUCCUGCUCAAACACCGAGCAGCAAUAGACCAGUGUCAUCUGCUGAUACUCAAAGACGGCAAUCUAGAAGCAGCAGGUUGUUUAGCGGAGGCUUUCGAAAAAGCAACAAAAAUGUGCCCCCCAACUCCGACCUAGCCAGAAAUGGUUCUAUCGCAAGACACAGUGCCUUCUCACGCUCGUCGCCAAAUCUCGCUUUUGGCCGUUCGGCAAUCCAUCGAAUGUCCACUAUAUACAGCAGCUCGUCUCGUCCUGGCGAACAGAACGGUGUGUCCCGGACUCGUUCUCGCUCCGAAACCUUGCACCCUCCAGCGAGGCUGACCGAGUCAGCUCUGCGUAAUGCAAUACAAAACCAACCCGGCCAGGGAAACCAGCUUGGCCGAUCACAACCGCGCAGGUUUCACGCACAGGUACCCGAAAACCCAGCACCAGAGGAGCCUGUCUGGCAAAACCCGAGCUCAUCGGAGACAGAAGCCUGGCGAGCCCGGAUUGCCGAGUGGAAUCAAAACACUAUUAACGAGAGAAGACGCAGCAAAGGCAAAUCCUCUCGGUGCAUAGUUAUGUGA